ACCAUACGAAGAUGGCAAGCUCAAGCUCUAAUCCACAUGUCACAUUGGAAGUUAAAGAAGAAUACCCAUACCCAUCACAUGUUUAUACCCCUAGUUUUGUUAGCUUGAAGCUGAAUGGUAGGGAUGAGUAUCGUAUAUGGAAAACUCAGAUGAUAUGUCUCCUAGAGAGUCAUGUUAUGCUUGGUUUCAUCGAUGGUAGAUUUGUGCGUCCUGAUGAAGCCAGUAGUAGUAGUAAUGUUUCCGGGAAGGAGAAAGUGGGUGACCAUCAGACGCACCAUGGGCUGUGGAGAAAAUCAGAUGCCCUGGUGAAGGGUUGGAUUCUUGGAUCUCUCUCUAAAGAAACACUCGGGUAUGUUGUCAAUCGUCUCACGGGAAUAAGCCAUCACGAUGAUUUCAGUGCAAAAGAUGUUUGGGAUGAACUGCAGACUAUGUAUGGUCCUCCUGUUUUUCCACAAUUGCCUCAUGUUGUUACAGAUAAACUACAAGAUCAAGACAUAGCAGGGGCACUCCAAAAUUUGUACCAUUCUACUCGAAAAGGAGAUUGGGAUCGGGUCGAAAGAAUAUUGAGGGAGGGAAGGGUUACAGUGAUAGACAAAAUCACAAAUAAUGGCAACACUGCCCUCCAUGUAGCAGUUGGUACUUCCAAGAAGCGAGAAUUCCUAGAGAAAUUGCUGGAAAUGAUACCGGAGAACACACAACUAUUGGAUGUAAGAAAUUCAGAUGGAAGCACACCACUUCAUGUUGCUGCUAUUAUUGGCAACACUGAAGCUGCUGACAUCUUGGUAGCAAGAAACCAUGAGUCUUUGUUUGCCAAAGACAACAAAGGUCAGACACCACUAGCCUUGGCUCUUUCUAAUAUGCACACAGAAACAGCCCGACAUCUGCUGCAACACAUCGAUACUGUUACUGAUGAUAUACAAAAGGAUGCUCUGUUUUCUGGUACAACUGGUGAUGACCUUUUAGUUACUGCUAUUUCCUCCAAAGAUUUCCGCUUUGCAAGAAAACUGUUGGAGCAUUACAAAACAUUGCAUAGUGAUGCUGUGCUGACAGCUAUAGCUCAAAAUUUCCCACGCGAAGCCUGCUCAUUUGGAAGAUACGCAGAGACUGGUAAAUUACUUGAGAGAACAGAAAGUUGUCCUCCAUGGGUUUUGUCAUCGAUAAUGAAACCAUUCAUUCGCGUGGCUGACUUCAUCCUUAUCCUUUUUCUAUUAAUCGCUUUGCUAUUAGUGUCUCCAUUCCGUAAAGAGAGAUAUGAAAUUCAUUUACAUGCUAUGUAUAUGUUGGGGGAAGUAUGUCAUUUGAUACAGCGAACGAAUCACUCCAGCUCUUACCAUCACUAUUACACAAAUCCAAUUCUUGAAGCCACUAGACAAAAUGCAAACGAGGUUGUAGAAGAAAUUGUGAAUUGGUUCCCAAAUGCAAUUUGGAGUGCUAACGAAGAUGGGCACAACUUUAUACUGUAUGCUGCAAUAAAUCGCUCAGAAAAGGUUUACAACCUACUUUAUCAUAUGAGUGAACAUAAGAAUAUAUACCGGACACUCGAAGACUCUUCACGGAAUAACCUGUUGCAUCUAGCUGCAAGAUUGGCACCAUCCAACAAAUUAAAUCUUAUAUCGGGGGCAGCUUUACAGAUACAACGUGAACUACAAUGGUUUAAGGAAAUGGAAAAAUUCAUUUGUCCUCUAAGCAUCAUAAAAAAGAACUCUUUAAACGAAACACCACAAAUGGUAUUUACUAGAGAACACAAGGAGUUAGUGAUUGAAGGAGAAAAAUGGAUGAAGUCCACUGCGGAGUCCUACACGAUUACAGCUGCAUUAAUCAUCACCAUUGUCUUUGCAGCAGCAAUUACAGUUCCAGGAGGAAGCGAUCAGAACAAGGGGAUACCAAUUUUUACCAGCAACGCCGCCUUCACAGUAUUUGCAAUAUCAGAUGCCAUAUCAUUGUUUGCAGCUGUUACUUCAUUGUUAAUGUUUUUGUCGAUCCUCACUGCACGUUUUGCUGAACAAGACUUUCUCUUCAAGUUGCCUACAAAGUUGAUAAUUGGUUUGUCCACCUUGUUCAUCUCAACCACAGCCAUGAUAGCAGCUUUUGCUGCAACGUUAUACCUUGUAUUUGGCCAAAGCAAUUCAAGGAUUCUUAUUCCAAUAGCUGUCUUGACAUGCCUACCAAUUACUUCCUUUGUGACCUUGCAGUUCCCUCUCGUCCUAGACUUGAUGAGUGCCACUUAUGGUCGUAGUAUUUUUGGUAGGAACAAAAGUUAUUAUGGUUUGUUUGGAGGAAUAUUGAUUUGAUUAGAAAUUGGGAAAUUAAAGAUCGAAAUUAUAGAGCAAGUUGUGGAAUGCCUUGUAAUAUUAGGCUUAAUUCUUAAUUAGAAAAUAAUCUAGUUAUCUCA